GCUGAGCUUUGUUUUAUGAAUUCUUCAGGUCUUUCACCAACACUCGGCUCAUCUUCAACCCAAAGGCAUCUAGUCAGUGUACCAGUUGGGCAUUAUGGUCCAAGUUGUCUAGCAGGAGCCGUACCUUUGCAAAAUGAGUCUGGUCCCACACCUUCGGUAGCAGCGAACAACAUCAGCAACCAAAAGAUGGAGCAAGGUACUUCAAAAUGGCAACUAAAAGGAAAGAGGAAUUCCCGACACACAAAGCAUGGAAAACAAGCUUCCUCCCGAAAAUACAUGGACUUGGAUGAUGAAACUCCUGCCUAUUACCCAGUAAUUAUGGACCACUCGGAAGGACUCGAUCAAACUUCCAGCAAUGCUUCUCUCGGUUUUCUGGCAAAAGACGAGCUCGAUGGGUUUCAGGAUUGGAACCGGUCUUAUGCUUUACUGCCUCAGAGAUCACUUCCAUACCGUCAAUCACGAUUCAUGCUCAACUCCAGAUACGAAUCAGCUGACUUUCCUGUCAGGAAAGUCUUUGGCGAUGAGAAACUCUAUGACGUGAAGCUGGAAGUGAGAUCCAACUACCGGCCACAACAUGUUCCGUUAGUUUCAUUGAUGAGCAAGUUCAAUGGCAAAGCCAUUAUAGGUCACCCUUUGAUGGUUGAGGUUUUGGGCGAAGGUGCUUGUGAUCUUAUGGUGGGAUCUACUACAACGGGAUCAGCUGUUGCUGUAGCGACUCCAGCAGCCAUUGGUGGAGCUCUUGAAUUGGUUAGGAAAAACUCUGGUGGUAGUGGCGAGAGACCUGGUGGCAAGCAAAUGUCAAGAAAGAGGCGCUUUAAAAGGAAAUGCAGCAAGUUGAGGAAAUCCGGGUUGUUGUCUAAAAAGAUCAGGAAGCUUUCUUCACUCACAGGGAAGAAAGUGGAAGAGAGAGAAGCUGCCUUAGUGGAGAAGGCGAAAGGCGCUGCAAUAGCUUGUGUCCCACUCGAGUUAGUGUUCAGCCGCAUAAACGAGGCAGUGAAUGGUUCUGCUUCAUGCCAAUCACAAUUCACAAGAUGCCUUAGUUGAGAAGCUACCUUUUUCGGGUGACUCAUGAUAUCAAUAGCAAUCACACCGCAAUUUGAGAGUGGUAUAGGAGAGCAUAAAUUACCAUUUCAUGUUAAUUCUCUGAUGUGUAAAUAUGUAAACAGUUGUUGAUUGAGAUAGAUGGUUGUGUAAAGCCGGGGAAGCAGCAUGUAGGAACCAGGUAGUAGGCAGUUUGUAGCUGGUAGGGUGGUUUUAGGAUUUGACGGGAUUAGAAGAGGAUAAUAACUUUGGAUGUGGCUGGUGCUAACCAGUGGUCCCCAAAGCAAAAAAGAAACGUUAAUUGUUUCAUUUCUUAUGAAGGAACAGGCCCUGCCCCAACUCCAUGGGAUGCAGUCAUGCUAGUUGCAAUUGCAGAUCUCGCAUCUUCUUUUCAGUGUCAUUUUAACAAAUGCUUUCCGAUGCA